AUGGGUGAAGAACUGAAGGAUUCUGUUGCUAUUAAAAAGAUUUUGAGAUCUUUACCAAGACUUUACAAUGCCAAGGUCUCUGCAAUUGAAGAGUCAAAGGAUUUGAACAAGCUGAGCCUAGAUGAGCUACAUGGGACUCUAACUGCCUAUGAGAUGAGAAUGGUUGAUCCUGCAAUCAAAGAGAAGGAAACAGCCUUCAAGGCUAUGAGAAAGAUGAAGAUUGAUGAAGACAAUAUUGAAGAAGAAGAUUCUGAUGAUGAACUGAUUGCCUAUCUUGCCAGAAGACUCAAAAAGGACAAUAACAAAUUCAAAGGAAAGUUGCCUCUAAGAUGCUUCGACUGUGGUCAGCCAGGACACUUUGCCUCCAAGUGUCCAAAGAAGAAUCAAGAUUCUGACUCUGAUGAUGAAGAUGCAGGGGAAAGCAAAUACAAGAAAGGGAAGAAGAAAUUUGUUCCCAAAAAGAAUAACUACAAGAAAAAGGGCUUGAUUUCAAAGAAGAAAGCCUCCUCUGAUGAAUCAUCUGAAGAAGAUCAAUCAAAUACUAAAUAUUCUGAAACCUUGUUUGUGGCCUUCAAGGAGAAAAACAGUAAAGGAAAUGAUGGUGAAGUGGAUAUAACAGAGGAGCAGUUUGAUUUAGAAGCCAAGCUAUUUGGAGCUCUAUCUAAUCUGAAAGUUGCUCUACAAAAGUGCAAUUCUCUACACAACCAGUUAAAAGAGAAGGAGAAAAUUGUAGAGGAACUGAAGGCCACAAUGGAGGAACUGAAAGAUUUCAAUAACAUCAGCCUUAAUCUUGAGACAAAGACAAAGAAUGUGAGGAACUUGAAAGAACCAAAAUCAAUCAUUACAAGCACAAAGGAUACAAUUACAGACAAAGAAGAUGCACAAACUGAGGGGGAGUUUGAAAAGACCUUUACAACAAAUGUAACUCAAAGGUUCAAACCUCAUUUCUUAGGCUACUAUGAGAUCUGUGGUGCUUAUGGGCACAGGACAAGGAAUUGUCAAUUUAAUGAAGCUGAAAAAGGCAAGGCCAAGGUGGAUGAACCAGAAUCAUCAUCUGGGAAGCAAAUCCAGACUAAAAAACAGCAGAAGUCCAAGAACAACAAGGGUAUAAAAAGAGAGUUGGCAAUGAAGGCUUUAAAUCUGAUUGUAGAAUGUAAGAAGAGGACCAAGUCUACUAAUACAGUUACUUUCAAUAGGUUUGCUUCAUUGGCUGAAGAAGAGGAAGUUGUGUGCUACAGGUGUCAAAGGACAGGUCAUAUAGCUGUGGGGUGUAGGGCUGUCCUACCAUCACAAAGACAAACUGAAAGAGGACAAAAACAAAAUGCUCAAGCAGAGUCAAAGCAAAGAAAAGCAAGAGAGCCUAUCAUUGUUGUUGAAAAAGCCGUGUGGGUAGAGAAGAAAAAGGAGAGCAGUGCUGAAGGUGACAAGGCACUUGUAGUGCAGGCUGCUUUCAAAGCUAAUGCGAAGACCAAGCCAUGGAUCUUAGAUAGUGGAUGUAGCAACCACAUGUCUGGAGACAAAGGCAGAUUUCUAAAACUGAAAUCUAUUGAUGGUGGCAAUGUGAGGUUUGGAAAUAAUGGAGGAGCGAAGAUUGAAGGCAAAGGCACAGUUAAGUUGAACAGUGGAAAGAUUGAGUGA